AUGAAUCUCUUUACUCGCCACUACGUUAUGCUCAUCUUUAUCGUUUUGAGCCUGGUAACUCACAGCAAACAAGUACAAGGUGCAAAGAUCGAGGAUGUGUGGUGCCAGUGGGGCUAUUCCAACAACGAAGCCACCAAGACAACCACUUGCGAUGACGGUAAUUAUAGCUACGGUUUCCCAACUGAACUAUGCCAUAACAAAAAUCCAGGUCAACCCAUUGCGGGCGUUGACUGUAAAGAUGGCAACAUACCCGCUUACGGCAUCACCUGCACCACGUAUGGAUUUGUAAAGGAUACCCCCUUAUCUGGUCACUACGAUUGUGGAUUGAUGGACGCCACCCUCAUGUUACGACAUUUCCAAUGCGGAGGUUUGAAUAACAUUCCACGUUGUGCAGGAGCCCCAACCGCGAAGCAUAAAUCUUCAUAA